ACAGUCUCCAGGUGUCCUAGACUCCUCGUUCUUUUGGCUUCCAGCUUCCUUGAAAUCUGCAAAAAUUCUCUGCUGCAAGGAAACAAGAGCGAUGUCAUCGGAAGAUGAUUCUGGCGGGGAGGCUUCUGGAGGCAGCUUCUGGGAAGCUGGUAACUACAAGCGGACAGUAAAACGUGUGGAUGAUGGGUACCGGCUCUGCAAUGAUCUAAUCUCCUGCUUCCAAGAGCGAGCCAAGAUUGAGAAGAACUAUGCCCAGCAGCUCACAGAGUGGUCCCGCAAAUGGAGGACCAAUGUGGAAAAGGGACCUCAGUAUGGUACCCUAGAGAAAGCUUGGCAUGCCUUCUUGACAGCUGCAGACAAGUUGAGCGAGAUCCAUAUGGAAGUGCGAAACCAGCUGGCUGGGGAAGAUGCAGAGAAGAUCAAGGGCUGGCAAAAGGAAGCCUACCACAAGCAGAUGAUUGGGGGAUUCAAGGAGACAAAGGAAGCAGAGGAUGGAUUCCGCAAAGCCCAGAAACCCUGGGUGAAGAAGCUGAAGGAUGUAGAGAAUUCUAAGAAAAAUUACCAUACAACUCGGAAGGAUGAGAAGACAGCACAGACCCGGGAAAACCACGCCAAAGCUGAUGCCUCCAUCUCACAGGAACAGCUACACAAGUUGCAGGAUCGUGUGGAGAAAUGCACGCAGGAAGCUGAGAAGUGUAAGGAUCAGUAUGAGAAGAUGCUAGAAGAGCGGAACCGCUACAAUCCCCGCUACAUGGAGGACAUGGAGCAAGUGUUUGAGGGCUGCCAGGAGGCAGAGCGCAAGAGGCUGUGCUUCUUCAAGGAGAUGUUCUUGGAUCUACACCAGCACCUAAACCUCUCCGUCAAAGAUGGCUUUCAAACACUGUACCGAGAUCUAUAUCAAGUGAUCGUGGCUGCGGAUGACCAGGAGGACCUGAAGUGGUGGCGCAACACCCAUGGGCCAGGCAUGGCUAUGAAUUGGCCUCAGUUUGAGGAAUGGUCCCUGGAAACACAGCGGCCAAUCAGCAAGAAGGAGAAAAGUAGUAAAGGCAGUGAAGAUGUGACCCUGACUAGCAUCGUGGCCACACGGGAUGGUGUGUCUCCUACUCCUCCGCAGACAAAGCGAGGGUUUUCCUAUCAAGAGGAGCAGAACAGCCUCUUCUACAACAAUCUGAGGGCAUCUGCCCAUGUGAACGGAGGGGAAGAGGCCCUUUCAGAGUGGUCAGAUGAGGACACUCCCAAGAAGUGCCUGGAGGCCAAUGGACAUGAGGAGGACCUAAAGGUACCAGGCAUGCGGGUGCGAGCGCUAUAUGAUUACAUGGGACAAGAGGCUGAUGAGCUGAGCUUUAAAGCAGGUGAAGAACUAAUGAAGAUCAGUGAGGAAGAUGAGCAGGGCUGGUGCAAAGGCCGGCUUCUCACAGGCCAGGUUGGACUCUAUCCUGCUAACUAUGUCCAGAGGGUUGGAUCAUGAUUGCUGCUCCCCUCCUAAGGCAUCUCUUGCACAUGCAGCAGCCUAUCCCUGCAGAGGUCAUCUGGUCACUGUUGGCCCCUAACCCACCUCAGCAGGGUGCACAGCCAUGUCUGGACUCUGAUUCUGAGGACACAUGUUCCUUGUAACCAAUGCUUCAUUUUAAAUUUCUAGAAUCCUAGGGGUUUUCUAAUAAAUAAAUAUGGAUGAGUAAAGGCUUA